GGAGCGCGCCGCGCCCGUGGUCGAGCGGGUCACCCUCGAGGACAUCUACGUCCUCUUACUGGAGGUGCAGCGGCGUGGGGACGUGGCCGCCGCCGAGCGUUGGUUCGAGACGGCGCUUCAGCUGCGGCUCCGCCCUGGCGCCGUCGCCUACGGCCUGGUGAUCGGCGCCGCGUGCAGGGCGCGCGACUGCCGCAGCGCCGACGCCUGGUUCAGGAGGGCGCAGGAGGCGGGCUUCGAGAGGGUCGACAGCGCGCCCUUCGAGGAGCUCGCGAGGCUUGCGGCCUCCGACGGCGACCUCGAGGCGACGGACCGCUGGAUCUCUAGAGGCCGGCGCUCAGGCCUGGAGCCGAGCCUGGCGACCUACCGGUCGCUGGUGCGGGCCGCCACGGCGCGGGGUGCGCAGGGCAGGCCGCUGGCGCUGGCGGAGUGCUGGUUCCAGGAGGCGCUGCUGGCCGAGUCGUCCGCGGCCCGCCGCCCGGUGGGGUCGCCGGCGGCCGAUGGCGACCAGGUCGGCGCAGAACUGUUGCCGCCAGCGGCCAGCGAGCGGAAGCUGCUCGAGUCCAUGGGUAUGAAGCUGAUCAUGGCGCACCUGAGGUCAGCAUCGCUUAGCCUAUUCCCAUCCACACCGGGCCAUGGCAUCUCAGCCCCACCAUCACAGACCCUCCAGCUGAGGAUGGCCCCAUCGACGCCCGAGAGGAGCAGCCUGCAUCCCCAUCCGGCGCUCUCCAGGGAGGGCCUGGGCGCCGCCGACCGCUUGCUGCAGAGCGCCGCGGACAGCAACACGCUGAGCGUGCGGAUGUGCAGCGCGGUGAGCCUGGGGCACAUCAGGCUCGGCGCAAACUUCGAGCGGGUGGAGGAGAUCUUCAGGACCAUGGCGGCGUGCGGCCUCCGCCCCGACCGCGCGGCCUUCGCCGUCAUCAUCGACGCCUGCGCGGAGCGAGGCAGUGUCGAGGCGGCGUCCAGGUGGGUGGACGCCAAGGCGAGGAGCCUCGGCGAGGCCGUGGACUCCAAGGACUACUGCGCACUGCUGCGCGCCUGCGCGAAGGCCUCGCCGCCCCAGCCGGACAUCGCCGUGGACAUCUUUGCGGGCAUGCUGGCCGACGGCAUCAAGCCCACCGAGGCGACCCUCAAGUACUUGAGGUCCGCGGCUGGGCAGGAGACGCGCGGCUCCCUCGGGGGAACGGAGGUUGCAGGCUACAGCCUGGAGGGAUGA